CGCUGUCAACAACAUACGCACGUGGUCACCUCUGUUAGAGUCGUAAUAAAUAUACUCAUUUUUUCUUAAACUAUCAGUUGAUUUAGUCGAUCCGUCAUGCAGCUGUGUGGAGUUUGUAGCGAGCUUGUUCCUAAAUACAGAUGUCCAGCCUGCAGAAUCAGAUAUUGUUCAGUGGCUUGCUUUAAAAGGCACAAGGAAGAUGCUUCAUGUGAUCCAGUUAAAGAAUCAGAUCCAGCCUCCAGCAAACCAGCAGCAGUCAGCAACGCUGAACAGCCGUGGACUGUUGAGGAUCUGCUGGAUGAAGACAGUCAGACUGAUAAAGUGCCGUUACAGAAACUUCAGCAGCUCGGUGAUUCAGAAGCAUUGAGGGGUCUGCUGAGGAAUCCUCACCUCCGCCAGCUGAUGAUGUCAGUGGAUUCAGCUGAAAAUAAAGCCAAAGCCAUGAAGGACGCCAUGCAGGAGCCGCUGUUCGUGGAGUUCGCUGAUCAGUGCUUGAACAUUAUUGAGCCUUCAGAAACAGAGAAUAAUGAUGAGGAUGAUGAUGAAUACUGAUCUAAACUCUCACGUAUGAACUCAUUUUGAUUUAACAGACUAAAAUACAGUCAGUCCAAUAGUGGCUGAUGUUUCUUUGUGUGUAUUUUUUACUAACAUUUUUUUUGGUAAAUAAAUAAGUUUUGAGUGCAAACAAUGUCUUCAAGGGAUAGUUCACCCACUAUUUACUCACCCUCAAGUGGUUUCAAACGCUUUUUGAGUUUCUUCUGUUGAACACAAAAGAAGAUAGUUUGAAGAAUGUUGGAAACCGGUAGCCAUUGACUUCCAUAGUAGGAAAAAUUAAAACAACGGAAGUCAAUGGUUACUGUUUUCCAACAACUCUGGGAUAGUUCACCCCCCCAAAAUGAAAAUGAAUACUUCACUAUUUACUCAACCUCUCAAGUAGUUUCAAACGCUUUAUGAGUUAAUCUCUUCUGUUGAACACAAAAGAAGAUAGUUUGAAGAAUGUUCGACACCGGUAGUCAUUGUCUUCCAUAGUUGGAAAACAAUACAAUGGAAGUCAAUGGUUACCGUUUUCCAACAUUUUAGGGACAGUUCACCCCCCAAAGAUG